CAUAGUUCUGGGAUUUAAAAUAUAUCUUUUUAUUUGAAAAGUUUUCGAUUAAACAUUGAGGCUACUCGAAUUAUAUUAUUUCAGAUAUUUGAUAGAUAUAUAACAAACAUUGUAAUUCUUUAUUUAUUAAAAAUAAUAUGAAUUACCUAUGCAAAGCUAGUGUGCAAAAAGUUCCAGAAUAUUUUCGAUGUCGUUUUGCCAACACUUCAUCGCGAUACACAAUAAUUCAUGAAAAUUUAUCAUACCAACGUGGGUUACUUCGUAUAUCUGGUCUUGAUGUGAAAAAUUUCUUACAAGGUCUAAUUACAAAUGAUAUAUUUCAUCUCAAAACAAUGCAUAGUUCCAUGUUCACACUGUUCCUAAAUAAACAAGGAAGAGUAUUGUAUGAUGCCAUCAUAUACAAAAAUCGAGACGAAAACGCAUAUCUAAUCGAAUGUGAUCGAACAAUUGAAAAGCAAUUAAAACAACAUUUAUUGCUAUUCCGAAUAAGAAAACAAGUAAACAUUGACAUUGUAUCAAAUGAAAUGAAUAUUUGGGCAUGCUUUGAAAAACACCAGAAUUUAAAUGAAAUUCCGAAAUUGCUCGAAGCUAAUGAAUAUAAGAAAUUAAGUGAUGAAGUAAUUGUUUGUCUUGAUCCCAGAGUUAACCAAAUGGGUUUAAGAUUAAUAACACCGAAAAGUUUUAAUCUAAAAGACUUUCAGAAAGUAAAUGAUGAAGCAAUCAGUGAUAUAUCGGACAUUAACUAUAAUUAUAAAGUUCAUCGAUAUGUUUUCGGAAUUUGUGAAGGCAUAAGAGAGAUUCCACCAUCAAGAAUUUUCCCAUUUGAAGUGAAUUGCGAUUAUCUUCAUGGAAUAAGUUUCCAUAAAGGUUGCUAUUUGGGGCAAGAAUUCACGGCUAGAACUUAUCAUACUGGUACAAUCCGAAAAAGAAUUAUGCCCAUCAUUUUAGAUUCAUCAGAUGACGAAUAUUUGAAAAUUCAAUACGAUGAAUCCAUUCGGAAUGAAAAAAAUCAAAUUAUUGGUAAAAUUAAAGUUUUUGCAUCGUUCACAAACCGACCAAGCGAUGUCAGAAUCCGAAAAAUAUGAAUACAAAGGAUCGUUUCAAGUUUGCCCCAACUACGAACCGGUCCAAAAUCGUGGUCUUCAUCGGUACAAAUUAAAUGAAUCAGACCUCUUCGGACGUCUCCCGUAGGUUAUUCCGACUACAAGUAAUUUACGCUGUGUGAGUAAUAGAGUGUAUCGAUUUUUUAAAAAUAAAGUGCACUUAUGAAUAACCUAUGCCAAAUGGUCCAAGGAAUCUUGCCUACCCAAGGAACAAUUUGUAAUACAAAUUCACCCAUUUGGAUUAUUGGAUUAAAACGGAGAGUGUCCUAUUUAAAAUGAAGUUUUAAUAUAGUUACUCGUUGCUCAAGUUUCAUAACUUAUUGCAAGACGCCCGUGUGUGUAUUGAAUACACGAAAAUAGUCUUUUAUCUAAAAAUGUUUCUGAGGCAUGGAUUUUCAUCACAUGCCCGUUUGAAAAAGGUUACCGAUUUGAAUACAUUCGGUGCAUGAAUCAAAGGGUAGGAUUUGAAUACAUUCGAUGCAUGAAUCAAAGGGUAGGAUCGCCAGCCCGUGAAAUCAGCCCGUAUAGUAUCCAACACUGGACAGUGUUUUCCACUUCUCCACCGCACAGUCUGCAGUCCGGGUCAUCUCUGAGAUUUAAAUUUGUCAUAUGAUAACUGACCCUGGCGUUGUUGGUCACUGUCACGGCGAUGUUAUCAUUUACUUGGUUCGACUUCAUGUAAUGAUCAAAAUCCAGUCGUGAAUAUUUGCGCGUAGCAUAUGCUGACAUUCCUUUUCGUAGCAUUUUGAUGCGAUACUCAAUGUACCAUUGCCAUGUUGAAUCUUGAAUGAUGAUUCUUUUCUUCGAUAUCAAACAAUCCAGCUAAUUUUUUCGCCACUUUUUCUCUUCAUUUCUGCCGAGUUUCCCAAUAGAAUCGCGUGUUUGGUAUUAUGUUUGGUUAAUGUUUUCCUCCAAAAUUUAAAAUCAUAUAAACAAUAAGUUUUGAUUCAAAUAAAUUUCAAGUUAGAUUUCAAAAAAUCUCACCUCAACGGCAGGUUCAUCAGGUGUUUUCCGGAUGUUGAGACGCGUUAUAGCCAACCACGUAUUUUCAUUCCGAUCGAUGCCAAUAACGUAUUUCUUACCCUCAAGAUUGUCCGCCUGUAAAUGCAAAUUUUCGUUGCACGCCUGCUCUAGUUUGGUGUACAAUAGAUUUAAUGAUGGAAUUGUUUGGAUCGUUUGCCCAAUUGCUUGAUUUAUCGACGUCGAACAACAAAUUCCAUAGUCCAUCUCGAUCAUGAUCUCUGUAGUAUUUUUCUGGGUAUUUAUUUAGCCGGUUGGUCUCAGUAUUCAGGAAUCAUGGCACAACUUUUAGCUUGCUUGCCAAUUUUUCGUACAAAUCUCUUAUAUCCAAUCGCACGCACUUCAAAUGAUAUUCGCAUAACGGUACAAGAGCAAAACUGUUUAUUUUCCGUGGGCGAUUUUUUGUUGGCUGUUGAAAGUUCGGAUUGUCACGAAAUAUUUCAUGAAUGGUAUUCUAUUGUUUCUAUUCUUUUCACCUUUUCUAUUCUUUCCACAAUACCAUUGGUCAAGUCGCUGGAUCGAUAUGCUUACAUUUUGGCAUUUCUGAUGUCGAUGCCAUCAAAUCUCGGUCCAUUGAUGUUGUGAUUGCGAUACCAGCAUCGCAUUCGAAAGAAUGACUCAAGUCGAUCUUCACACCAAGUGGUGAGACCAGUUUUCGUAUUUGCGAUGUGCUGUUUGACAACGAAACGAAAACCAUUCUCCAACUUUUCCUUGCUCGGCCAUUCGAACUGUUCGUCACAGAAGCUUUCGACCAUGAACCGAAACUCUGGCAGUAUGGGAUAAUCGGUAUUAUUAUUGUAAACAUUUUCGGCCAAUACCGAAUUGAAGCAUUUGAAGAGAACUGUCGACAUUCCCAUCGCAAAAAGAACUGACGAUCUUCAUUAUCGAGUGCUUCAUUCACCUUGAAUAAAAUCAAAAGUGAGGCCAAUGAGGCAACUUCCGUCAUUUGAAGACUGCGCUCAAACAAUAUUUGCGUCACAACUGCUGCAUGCUCGGGUCGAAGUAUUGUUUGCAAGCCACAUUUCAUUGCAACGAAAUUCGUCAUCGUAUACCGGCGAAUCGUUGUUAUCUCUUUUUCUUUUCAUUCUUGAAAAACUGAUACAAAUAAACGCACAAAUCAAAUGAAACAGUAAUGAAGAACGCAUUAUAAGUAUCACGUCUUACCUCAACAAAGUGACACUGUGUUCUAAAUCGAAUGAUGAAAUUUAUUUCCAAUCACACAUCAAAUAUUUUCCCGAUCGAAAUGAUGUUGGAAUAUUCACAGUAAAUUUUAUCAACACUCUGUUAUUUCGAAAUUAAAACAAAAAUGAACACAAAACCAACUGUGAAUAUAUCCAUUCCUCAGCGAACAGCGUUCCGAAAACACAAAAUCGUUGAAAUUGAAAUGAUAAUAAAAUCAAUUGAUCGCCCAAACCACGCUACAAACACUCAUAUCUAAUUCUCAAGAAAUCCUCUUGAAAACAAAACAAAGUUUUAUUGUAAACAAAAUCGGUUGGUGUGAUUGAAGUUUCAAAGUGAUGGAAGUUGUUUAUACUAAGAAUACUGUCGCACAAUGCGAGCACAUUUUUAAUACAUAUAAAUGAAUAUCAUUGGAUUUGGUUUGACACAUAUGAAUGGUUAAGAAUAAUAAUGAAACUCAAUUUUGGUUCAAACUGGAGUGUCCCACAGAAUUGUUUCAAAUUAAAGUGUCCCGAAUAUUUGUUUCAAACUAAAAUGUCCCCACAAAAAAGAUUCAUGUAAAUUUUCCUAAGUGCCAUUUUCAUUUGCAAUAAAUUUGAGGGACACUUCGAUUGUAAACUUUUUUUUGAGUCCUAUUCAUAGAAAUUUUUUCGGGGUACAGUUUGAGAAAAAGUUUUUUUUUUGGACAUUUCAAUCAUAACUUUAUGUACUAUAUGUAUGAGAACUGAGAAAAAAUCUGUUCAAUAGGUAUCACAUAGCAAGUUUAUAUGAGAAUUUCGGAGACCCGGUAUAGAGCACUCAAACAGUGAAAAAAGUCCAGAUCGUGAUUUAGAUGAUA